AUGGAUGACGAAAUGGACUUGAGUCUGGAUGAUAUUAUCCGGAAGCGUAAAACCAAACGUCCACGGUAUACCGACGGUCCAGCACAGCGCGGCACGAAUGCGAACGGGCUACGAGGAGGAUACCGCGUGGAUAAUGGGGCAAAUCGUCGCCAUCAGCGACCGGUUGAGGAUGCGCGUAUGAAAAUUAUCAAAAACAAGCGCGCCAAAAUGCGCGAUGCCCGUGACCAGUUGAACGAGAUUAAUCGUGGCCGUAACUCACGCUACCGUUGGUAUAAGAAUCCUCGUCAGCCGGACGUUUCAUCAGGCGUAACGCCCGCAAUAUCCACCAACGGUCGGAACAAUGCCAUUCCGGAUCAUUUGAAGCGAAUGCGGUUAGAUCGAAGCUACGCGGAUCCGGAAUACGUACCGACAAUGCCCACCCCAUCGGGACCAUUGCCUCGUUACUUCCCCACCCGCGGAAUCUCGUUCGGCAACGGCACUCCGGAUGAGGGGGAAUUCGAAAGAAUGAACGUGCAGCGGCUGACGGUCAAUCAACCGAUGGGUUCACUGGCAAACGCCACCCGCACACUGCACAACGAUGCAUAUACACUGCCGAGUUCGAUGCCGCCGUUCCCACAUUUCCGCACGGUACGGGCAACCAGCACGCCGAUGAACUCGAACAACGGUACCCAAUUGGCGAAAUUUACGCCACCCUCCGUCAGCUCGGUUGCGGAUCCAUUCGAUCAGUAUGAGGUGAAUCACCGUCCGAAUUUGAACGUUCCGCCACCACCACUACCGGCUGGCAACAGACCACCAUUGCGAGGCAUCCUGCGCACAAAACCAAGUACACCGCCAGCGCCGACGAUUUCCAUUGCACCGGUAACGGGUGUUCCGCAGAAUCUGUCACCCAGUAUGCGCGCCCGUCUUGAGCGUGCCCCCAACCCGAACAAGUCCAUGGGCAUAUUUGCGCACAAUUUCGGCGGUGAGCCACCGCUUCCGAGCCCGCCAACAACAUCCGUCACCGGGUAUCGUAUCGUAGUGAGCAAUCUGCACCCGAGCGUCUCGCAGAUCGACAUAAAGGAGUUAUUUGAGGACAUUGGCGAUCUGCUCGAGUCACGGUUGGUGCGCCCGGGCGUUGCCGAGGUAAUUUAUCGCAAUCUGAAAGAUGCCGAAAAGGCGGUCGAUGCUUACCACAACCGCCAGCUCGACGGGCAGCCGAUGAACUGUCUGCUGGUAAAUCCUCGCGCAGCUACUAAUUUAAAAUACGGUCGGUAA